AUGUAUCUAUCUAUCUAUCUAUCUCAGCCUGAUCAAAUCUAUCUAUUCUAUCUAUCUAUCUAUCUAUCUAUCUAUCUAUCUAUCUAUCUAUCUAUCUAUCUCAGCCUGAUCAAAUCUAUCUAUCUAUUUAUCUAUCUCAGUUUGAUCAAAUCUAUCUAUCUAUCUAUCUAUCUAUCUAUCUAUCUAUCUAUCUAUCUAUCUCAGCCUGAUCAAAUCUAUCUAUCUAAUCUAUCUCAUUUGAUCAAAAUUAUCUAUCUAUCUAUCAUCUAUCUAUCUAUCUAUCGAUCUAUCUCUCAGCCUGAUCAAAUCUAUUCAACCUAUUAUCUAUCUAUCUAUCAAAUCUAUCUAUCUAUCUAUCUAUCUAUCUAUCUAUCUAUCUAUCUAUCUAUCUAUCUCAGUCAAAUCUAUCUAUCUAUUUAUCUAUCUCAGAAUGAUCAAAUCUAUCUAUCUAUUCUUCUAUCUAUCUAUCUAUCUAUCUAUCUAUCUCAAUGCGAUCAAAGUAUCUAUUCUAUCUAUCUAUUCUCCAUCUACAUCUAUUCCUAUCUCAGCCUGAAAAUCUAUCUAUCUAAAAGACUAUCUCAUUUAAAAAUUAUCUAUCUUUCUAUCUAUCUUUCAUCUAUCAUUUAUCUUCUAUCUAUAUCUAUCUAUUUUAUCUUGUAUUAUUAUUCCAUGCUAUCUAUUUAUCUAUCUCAAAUUGAUCAAAUCUAUCUAUCUAUCUAUCAGUCUAUCUAUCUAUCUAUCUAUCAUCUAUCUCAGCCUAUCAAAUCUAUCUAUCUAUUUAUCUAUCUCAGUUUGAUCAAAUCUAUCUAUCUAUCUAUCUAUCUAUCUAUCUAUCUAUCUAUCUAUCUAUCUAUCUAA